AUGGCCCACAGAGCGUCUGCGGCCGCCUUGGCGGUCGCAUCGGCGGCCGCCCUGGCGAUGUCCGCCGGUGGUUUCCUUUGCUUCGUGGGGCCGAUGUCUGAACAGGCGAGGUCCGCAUCCCUCAGGGCACAUGCUCGCCGCGCCGAGGCACCGGCUGGCACCGCGCCUUCCGCCUCGUGGAGUGCGGGUGCCACAGCAGUGGCUGCUGCGGCUUUGGCAGCGGGCGCCUCGCUGCGCCUUGUUAACAGCCGACAGGGCCGCGCACCGACGCGCACUGGGCAGCCGCUUGCUGGCGGUUCCUACGUGCCCGUGGUCCCCAGCGCUAGCACUGAUGCGGCCACGGUCAUGCAGGCCAACACGCGGAAGUGGGGCCCCGUCUUCAACUACAACGAGUCCCUCUUGAAAUCGCCACCUCAGCCCAGGAAAGGCGACUACAGCAAAGAUCGGAGGAAGGCCUUGUGGCUGAAAUAUUCCCUCGACACCAAGAUGUAUGGGCGCAAGCGAAACUGCCGGGUGAAAUGCAAGCUCAAGAUUGCGUGCCAGACUGGAGACCUUCGAACAGUCCGGGAGAUGAUCGAAUCUGGCAGCGUUGAUGUCAACGAGCCUGAGAUUGAUGGCGAUCAGGGUGCAGGGGCCACGGCCGUCAUCGAGGCGGCCUACGGACAGCACCUCGAGGUUGUCAAGUACUUGAUCUCGCGCCGAGCGGAUCUAACGAUCGGCACCCGCGACGAGAAUGCGACCGCCUACGAUUAUGCCAGAGACGGUGUUCUCGCCUUCUUGAGAGAUGCAGAAGCCCUGGCGCGCUGCCGGGCAGAAGGCGACGCCUGGCUGGCGGACAAGGAGGCUGAGCGGAAAGCCGAAGAGCGGAAGGCUGCGAAGCCCUACAUCGAAGAAGCCACGGAGGAGCUGCGCGCAGAGUUGACUGCUGCUCACGCAAGCAUCUUGGCCGAGAUGUUGUGGGGGGACGUGAGAGAUGCACAGGGGUCCUGCUCCGUGUUGCAGAUCUUGCAGCUUCAAGAGCUAGGCCACCGCAUUGCCAAGCAGGCGGUGAUGUACGCCCUGAAGAUGAGAUACCGCUCCCGCCGCGUCUUCAAGCGCACUCGCCGCGAGCUGUGGAUCAAGCGUGUCAGCAACAACUCCAAGCUGCACGGAGUCCGGUACAACGUGUUCAUCUGCCGGCUCAAGGAGAAGAACAUCAAUAUCAAUCGCAAGAUUUUGUCCCAGCUGGGCGUCUAUGACCGGGCGGUCUUUACGAACGUUCUUGAGACCGCCAUCCCCGAGUGGAAGCAGCUGAAGGAAGAGGCGGACAACAGAGGUAAGAAGAAGGAGUACACCGUCAAGGAGUUGGACGACAUCGCCGUUCCGUGA